AUGAUCAAGCCAGAGGACGUGAACGCGGUGUGGCCGCCGACCGCCCUGUUGGACCUUGGCCCGAAGGCGGCCCCGGUGAAGCGUCCGCAUCUGUGGCUUGGCGACGGUGACCAGAGCUACGUCGGCCCCGCUGAUGUGGGACGGUUUGUCAAGAUAGCUCGGGAUGAGCUGAUCGAGCUCUUGCCCGAAGGCGCCUGCGGCGAGCUCGCCAAGGAUAUCACGCUGAUUCCCUCCCGCACGCGACAGGUGGGCCUGAUGGUUCGGAAGCUAACCGUGGAGCUCAUCACUCAGCUGUCCGCCCUGCAGGACGCCACGGACGUGCGCGGGGAGCCGUGCAUCCGCAAGGCUGGGUUCUUGAUCGACGGCCGCAGGGGCACUGGGAAGAGCCAGGUCUUGAAUUUGCUCGUGAUGUGGGCGCGCAGGAACGGCUGGCUUGUCGUCCUGGAGCCCACCCCCGCCCGGUAUUCCCGGGAGAUCGCGGAGAUCAAGCGUUCCAACAACGGCGUGUAUAUCCAGGCUGAGUUCGCGCAGCAGUUCUUGGAGGCGACCUCGAUUGCUAACCGGGAGAAGCUCUCUGAGAUACCCGUGGACAUGCAGGUGUACGGCUCCAGCGCCAUCGACGGCGAGUCCGUAACAGCAACGCGUCGAUUAUAUGAACCUCUCAUCGACAAGACCGUGGAGCGCGAGGUGGAAGAGCGCGAGCUGUCCGAGGCUGAGAGGCUGCACAGGAUAGCCGACUACCGCCAGCAGAUACGCGUGCCCUCCAUGACCGAGCGCCUCGCGAGCCCCGCGAACGUCUGGGAGAUCGUGGAGUUCGGGCUCGACAACGAGGCUUACGCUGCUCAGGCGGUCUCGGAGAUGUUCGCUCAGCUGCAGCGCCAGACCGUGCAUCCCGUGCUCGUGGUCGUGGACGAGUGGAACGAGUGCUUCCCCUGUUCGCAGUACGUGUCCAUCCGCUACGACAACACCAGGUUCAACGGCUACAUCCCAGCGUACCACCUGACCAUGCCGCGGGCAUUGCACAAGUGGGACGGUCACCGCUACAGGAGGGGUCUGAAGAUCUGCGCCACCACCUGGAAGAGCUCUCGGCGGCGCGACUACCGGCCGGAGCUCCUCGGCGUGAAGGAGGGCCAGAUCAGGAAGCCAGACGUUGUUGCCUCCUGCGUGCGCGUCCCUCUCGUGCUCCUCUGCCGCCUCCUCUCUCCUCCUCCCUCGUCCCCUUCCUCCCCCCUUCGUCCCCUUCCUCCCCCCUUUGUCCCUUCGUCGUCAUCCCCGUUCCAGCCUCGUGCGCUCGGAAGCCCGCGUGGGGGUCGGGGGGAGCAGGAGGACCCCGAGAUCUGAAAUCUCUGAGGUUGCAGCACCAACGGCCCCAUCCCAGAUGGGUAUUUGAAAGGGCACGCGGUCGCGUUGCAUGCCACGAUGGCCCCACGGGGGACAGUGCCGAG